AUGACUAGUGACUGCAGCGUUGGAAAGGCCCGUUGGUCUCAGGGCGACGAGGGCGAGGAGGCAUUGGAGAUCCGCAUACCAAUUGUCUUGCCGCCAUCUGUGCGACCGCGUGACCUCACGGUGGAGGUGAAAGACCUCGCUGUCCUCUGCGUGCGACAUCGUGAUACCUCGAUUAUGCGGUGGCGCCUCUAUGAGCCAGUGGCCACUGAGGUGGAAUGGCGGGUGGAGGAUGAGGGCAUGCUGCUUAUCGUGGAUUUGAUAAAGAAGAACCCUACGGUAUGGCCGUGUCUGUUGGACCUGCCGAUGCGUUCCACUGAAGAUGACAAGUUGUUCAUUUGGGGCGAAAAACUUGACGCCCUCUUUCGCGAACAUCACCCCCCCAUUCCAAUGAACCUUGAAGAGAAGGAAAAAAGGAAAAUGAAAAAAGAGGAGGAACAGGGUGCGGCGAUUGAGAUUAAUGACGAGAACCUCGAUAAAUUGCUGGAGGAGGCAGCGGAGGAGGUGACACGAUCAACGUCAAAUACAAACGACAAGGAAUUUAUCAAUGCAGAGAUGGAGAACUACAAAUCCGAGGAGGAGGAAAUUCAGAAGAAGCUUAUUGAGGUGACGAAUACAUUGGAGGCCGGCGCUGAAGGUGAGGUGGCGAAGCGGGCACAAAGUCAAAGGGACAUUUUGGAGGAAAUGUUACGCCUGCAUAAUAUUAUUCGCGAAAAGCGUGCACAACCGGCGACUCUUGCAAAUUUCAUUGAGAUUACACAGCUGGAUAUUUGCAAGGCCCGCAUUAACGUGGGCGCAAUGGAGGAUGAAGAAAAAGAAGAAUAUGCUUCCGAGACUGAGAGCGCCAUGACAGCCCACGAGCUCAUGGCAACAGGUUUGAAGCAUUUUGAGCAACAAGAGAUCCAGAUGGCCCUGCACUUUCUUCGUCUAGCAGCUAUUCACCAUAAUCACGAACAGAGUAUUCUUCUUUUGCAUAGCAUAUACACUCAGCUUCAAUCUCCACGAGGACCUUUUUUACUACUUAAGCGUGCCUUGAACGAUGAUGAUUUCAGUACCGCCGCCAAUCUAAAGGUUGGUGAACAGUUUGAUACUGGAGCCCGUCAUUUUCUUCCCAUGUUCCCGGCUGCCCUGUACUUUUAUCAGCGUGCUGCAAAGGCUGGAAGUGUACAUGCAAUGUUGGCUCUUGCACAGCUCUUCCUUCGUGGUUGUACUUCGUCCACUAUGUUGUCUACAGAACAAAUGGAAGGUCUAAAAAGCAUCGAAAAGUACCACGCAUGGAUUGAGCAGGCCAUUGAUCGUGGCUGUGGUUCGGCUUACUUUGUGAAGGGUUGUAUGUACCUUAAGGGUGAACAUGGGUUUGGCAAGUCAUACAAGAUGGCGAAGGAGUUUUUGGAGAAGGCGGCGUCAGCUCAGCCGGAUGUUGCCCGUCGAGCCCCACAGGUAUUUCUAAUGCUGGAGAAGCUGCGGCAGGAAGAGGAAGGUGGUUCUGAGAAAAAGGUAGUCGCGUCGCCCCUAACGCUAGCAAAGGCAAAAGAGAAAAGUGUCUAUUCUGAAGGUGAGGAUGGGAACGAGAAAGACACCGUUCAGGUAAGUGCUUCCUUGGAAAGGCUGAAAAAUAUCAAUGGCAAAAUUGCCGCAACAAACUCCGGCCUUCAACGCUCAAAGAAAAUGAUGGGUCGCUCCACAGGUUCGAAGGUCUUUUGGGAGAGAACGGUUACAACUGGUCUGGCGCUCUAUGGCCUUUAUACGGUGGCAUUCCCCAUACGUGUUAUGCUUCUCCCUACCGUAUACACGGUGCUGGAACGACUGCUCCCGCUCAUUCCGUGGUUAGGUGCCAAUCCACCACCCAUGCAGUUCUAA